AUGGAGAUGAUCGAGUAUAUCGCUCGAAAGACGUUGAACGUUAUCAAAGUGGACGGCGAUCAGGAGACACAUGGCGUUGACGGAGCUGGUGGUGACAACUCGACCACCAACGGUCACUCUGAGCCUAAAUCAGACUCUUCGUCCCCUUCCUCCUCCUCGUCUACAGAGUCAAGCUCGUCGAGCAUUCCUGUCAAGCCAAGGGUCACUUUCAAGGACGCUCAACCUCAUCAGGCGAGAGUGGAGGGCGGGAAGGGCCCAGCUUCUUCAUCGCCAUCAUCGACCAACUCAGUUCCAUCGUCAUCGGGAAACCCACCUCUCAUCACGCUGAACAACUUCAUUCUUGGCUUGGUCAAACAGUCCAACGUGCAAGUUGGAACCUUGCUAACGACACUCGUUUAUCUCGAACGCCUACGGACGAAACUUGGUAACGUCGCCAAGGGCAUGGCGUGUACCCGUCAUCGGGUGUUUCUCGCAACGCUGAUCGUGACGGCCAAGUACCUCAACGACUCGUCUCCCAAGAACGUCCACUGGGCGACGUAUGCUGUCUUGUUCGAUGUUGCGGAAGUCAACCUCAUGGAGAAGCAGCUUCUUUUCUUGUUGGAUUAUGACCUCCGUUUUGACGAAGCUGAGGUCUUGAGGACGUUCAAACCUUUCCUUACUCCUGUCCCGGAGAACGCUGGUGCGACUAGGGCUGAAGCUGUCGAUCGUGUGGCGAGAGCUAGUAGGGCCCGUGCCCAAGCGCAAGCACAGGCUUCUCUCAAGGCUGUGGAACGCGAGGGCGAGAGGCGGCCGUUGCUAUUGGUCUCCUCUGCGACGGAUGCCAAAGCUGCUGCUGUCGAAAUUACGAAACCUGUUCAACCUCCCGUGCCUACGAUCUCACUCCCACCUACUUCUGUCACUUCCACGACACAGAAUGCGGCUGCUUCGACUGCUUCGGCUAUUAUCAACGGUGUUCGAACUAUUGCGCGCCGACUGAGCACUGCCCAUCUUUCAUCGUCCUCGUCAUCUUCAUCGGCGGCGCCUCCUGUCCCCUCUGCGAAUACCUUGGUUCAACCUCCGGUGAUGUACAAGUACCAGCCUGUGUCCACCUCUUCCACCAACCCCACUGCCUCGAGUUCGUCUGUGGAGCUUGCUUCACAGGCCAGCUCUGUUACCACCUCCACCGACAUGACCUCUCUGCUUUCAGACAACACCGACUCCUCCUCGAGCUCAUCUGAAGGGUGGACCAGUGACGAGGAACGCGACGAGAGGAUGCCUGACGUUUCUGUACGUGUCGCUUCGUCCAACUCUGGCACCGGGAUUGCUUCGAGGUUCGGAGAGGAGACGACUGCCGCUCUGCAGGCUAUCGAGGACGAGAAGGAGCGUAUCAUCUUGUCUGGUAGUCUCAAGGAUCCUUCGGCCAAGACUUGGCUUAAUAGGAAUGGAACGAUCACUUCUGCUCCUUCCGCGAAGAAGGGCAUGCGUCAUCCGAGGAAGGCCAGCGAUCCAUCUGUGCAACCUCCCAAAGUCACCCUCAUCGCGAGUUUAAAUGAGGCUCAGAAGACACCUCUCAAACGACGUGGACCUCCUUGUCGAGACUCCAACAAUCCUACUUUUGCUUCGAUAUCCAAAGGGUCGACCUACAGCGACAAAGGACCUUCGAGUUUGAAUACCAGCUUUACGAUGCCCCAGCUUUCGGCUAGUUCGAGCGCCUCGCUGUUGUCACAGGGCUCUGGCACGUCGGGUUCCUCUACCACCAACCUGCUCAGUGGUUCUCAAGGGCUUUCUUCCUCUAUUUCGUCGUCGACAGCAGAGAAGGUCUAUGGCGAUACGCCGACCCGUCGACCUGUUGGACGAAGUCGUUCUGGGACGAUGACGAACCCUCUCUUGGCCAAGAUGGAUGGUGGGCAUGGGGUUGAUGCUUCUGAGAGCUCGAACUCGGGGCUUUCGAGCUCUGGUCGUUCUACGGGAAACUUCUUGACCCGGAUGUGGGGUGGAUUAAAGACCACGCAAGGGCAAGCACCCACUGCUCCGACACAGUUGAAUUGA